CAUGACUUGGUCUGCCUAACUCAAAUUAAUCAAUUAAGCCGUGCAUAUUUAUGCAUUCAUUUUUUAAGAUUAAUUUAAGUUCAACAUACAAUGUUGUUUCAAACGUUAGCUGGUGCCCACGUGUUAAUUUUCUCAUUUGGUUACUAAUGAUUUACAAAUUUAAUACAGUUCCAGAUUUUAACCCUUGAUUAAAUUUUUGACGACGUUGACGAUUUCAUGUACAGUGUACACGCGGUUGACGCCGCAUGCAACAUACCUGAUCAACGGUCACAGAUUGGUUGAAUUCACAAGAAGAUUGACUGAUUUAGUGAGCUAUGUUGGUCCACAUUAGAAGAACUUUCGCCAAUGCAAGAGUUGUUAGGCAUCUCUCUACAUUUGCUCGUUCAGAGUUUGGAAAGAAAGCCAAACCAUGGAGAUGGGUGAUGACAGGCGUGGCAGGCACAUCUCUGACCAUGGUGGCAUUGUACAGUGGUAUGAGACCCCGGGGCGUGCUGGCAGCAACUUUACUGGACAACAAGGACUGGAUGUCUUCCCCCAUCACUGACCCUAAAGAAAUGGAGAAGAAUCCGGACCUAAUGAGAAUCAAAAUGGAGAUGAUGAUAAUGGAUAUUCAGCGUGUGUUCUGCAGGGCUCUUGAGGCAGAGGAAGAUGGGAAGAAAUUUCAGGUGGAUAAAUGGUCCCGAAAAGAGGGAGGUGGAGGUAUUACCUGCGUGUUACAAGAUGGUCGCGUGUUUGAAAAAGCUGGUGUCAACAUCUCUGUUGUCACUGGCAACCUGCCCCAACAGGCUGUUCAACAGAUGAAGUCAAGGGGAAAGACACUUUCAGGGAAAAAUUUGCCCUUCUUUGCCACAGGAAUCAGUAGUGUUAUUCACCCUAGGAACCCCAACGUUCCGACGGUGCAUUUCAACUAUCGCUACUUUGAGGUGACCGAUGAGGAGGGAAAGAAGCACUGGUGGUUUGGAGGGGGCACCGACCUCACGCCCUACUAUCUGGAUGACGCUGAUGUGGAGCAUUUCCACAAGACCCUGAAGCAAGCCUGUGACAAGCACAGUACAAGCUACUACCCGGACUUCAAGAAGUGGUGUGACUCGUACUUCUUAAUUCCGCACAGAGGUGAGACCAGGGGCGUGGGUGGAAUAUUCUUUGAUGAUCUGGAAGACGGGGACCAAGAGGAUCUCUUCAAGUUUGUAUCAGAUUGUGCAGCCGCCGUUACCCCUUCAUAUCUUCCACUUGUGAAGAAAAACAAAGAUAAAGCAUAUGGAUAUAAAGACAGACGCUGGCAGUUACUGAGAAGAGGUCGGUACGUGGAGUUCAACCUUAUCUAUGACAGAGGCACCAAGUUCGGCCUGAACACACCUGGGGCCAGAUACGAGAGCAUCCUUAUGUCCCUUCCACUAAAUGCUAGCUGGGAGUAUUGUCACAAGCCCGAGCCCGGCUCAGAGGAGGCCCGACUGACAGAGGUAUUACAGAACCCCCGGGACUGGGUGUAGAUACAGGGGUUUGGAUGUUCAUUGCUGAUGCUACCAUCAUGCUUAGCUGCUACAUUCCUUCUAUGCAUUGUUCAAUCAAUUGUGGUUGGCCUGAUUUGAUUGUUAUAUAAUAUACUCACUUAUUUGUCGGUGUAAAUGUCUGGGCUUUGUUUAAAGUAAGCAGGCAACAUCUCCAUAUCACAGUUUCUCCGACAGGUAUUCAUUUCAAACUUCACAUAUGUAUCUUGUUGUGUGAAAAUUGGGCAAAAUGCAUGUGUGUAAAGUGUCAUCCCAGAUUAGCUUGUGCAGUCCGCACAGGCUAAUCAGGGACGAUACUUUCCGCAUUAAUGGUAUUUUUCGUUUAAAGGAAGUCCCUUUUUACCUAAAAUCUAGUUUAAGCGGAAAGUGCCGUCCCUGAUUAGCCUGCACAGGCUAAUCUGGGACGACACUUUACGCACAUGCAUUAUGCCCAGUUUUCUCAGAACAAGACACAUAUGUAUUCAGGGUCAUUUUGUGCAGCCACUUACCAAUUUCAAAAACUGUGACUGCAAUUGAGCAGAAAUAUCCCCUUUUUGUACUUACAUAGCAUAAGGAAAGUCGAGCGCGCUGUCGUGGAAUUGCUCUUGUGUAAGACUUAAGUAAAGAUUUCUACUUAUGGUUUUAUGUAAAUUUUUAAAGAAGUUUAUCAUGACAUUAUUUUUGCUGUUUACUGAAACUUUCACCUUUUUACACUUUUCUGUAAUACUGUAUUAAUUGAUAUAUGUACGUACAAAUUAUCGAUGACUGUGACAUGUUUUUAUUGCAUGCAUUUUAAGUCAUGACAUAUGCAUACAUGUAGGUAAAGACAAGCCUAUUCAAAAGGGAUAGUAAGCUCAAUUUAAUAAAAGAAUUCACUUACUUAUAUUUGCUGCCGUGAAUUGUUGCAGCUCUACCAUCAUCAUUUUGAGUCCUUGGUGCUGACAAUGGUGCAUUAAUAGAAUCUAGUCAAUUAUUUGUGUUUGAAUAACAUGGCUUUCAAUGGGGGCAUAUAAUGUACGGCUUUUACAUUGUCUCUCUGGCUGUUGUUUUGAUAUUUUGGUCGGCAUAAUGCAUGUUUUCAAAAUGACUGGAAUUUGAGACAACAGUGGAAUCUGAGGGCAUCAGUUUUCUAUGGACACAUGUCUACCUGAGCAAAACAUGCUCAUGGUGAGCUUUUGUGAUCACCUAUUGUCUGUCAUUCAUAGUGUGUCAUAUGUGUUCACCAUUUACUUUGUGUGCAUUUAGAUGCCACAUUUAUUGCCCAAUCGUGAUCAGACUUUGUCAGAACAUUAGCCCUUAUAAUAUCUUGGAGAAGUCCAAAACUGGUUCAUGAAGAUUAAAUAACUAGGUCACUAGGCCAAAUUAAACAAAAAGAUACUCUUGUGAACUCUCUAGAAUUUUUUGACCAAUUAUACUAAAAAUUGCUCAGAACAUUUAUUCUAAUGAAGAGUUGGCCGAGAUUGAAAUUUGUUCUGGUCCAUUGAAAAUCAUUGCCGCCAAGGGGCGGGGCAGUUUUCCUUAUAUGGUGAUUGUGAAACCUUCUUAACACUCUAGAAGUCACAUGUAUUCCCAAUCAUGAUGUAAUUUGCACAGAAAUUAUUUUCUUACAAUAUCUUGGCCCAGUUCAAAAAUAGUUCUGGUAUGUUGAAACACAUAGCAUACUGGUGGUGCAGUUUUCCUUGUAUGCAUAUUAUGAAACCUUGAACACUCUUGAAAAUUGGCAUAUUUGCCAAAUUAUUAUGAAACUUAGAAUAUUUCUUCUAAAAAUAUCAUUGCAAAUUUGGAAAAUGCAUCUUGUCAGUUGAAACACAUGGAGGCAGAGGUGGGAGCAGAUUUCCUUAUAUGGCUACAUGUAUAAGGGCACCUUGUGAAGACUAUAAAAGUCACAUUUUGCCCUAUCAUGAAACUUGCUCAAAACUUUUUUUCUUAUGAUACCAUAGUCAAGUUGGUACAUUGUUCCAGUCCAUUGAAAAACAUGGCUGCACGGCGCUGGACAGUUUUCUUUAUACGAGUAAAGCAAUGUAUAUUAUGGACACUCUAGUAGCAUCAUAUUUGUCCAAUCAUGACUUCAACUUUAUCAGAACAUUCGUUGUGAUGGUGUUUGAAUCAAGUUAGAAAAUAAAUCUUUUCUGUUAAAAAAAACAUUGCUGCAUGGGGCUGUCGCUGUUUUGCUUACAUGGCUAUAGUGAAACCUGCUUAACACUCUAAAAAUCAAAUGUUUUGCCAUAUCAUCAUGAAACUUCAUCAGAGCUGUUGUACUUAUGAUUCCUUGCUUGAGUUUGACAAUUUUUCUGGUUCGUUGAACAAACAUGGCUGUUUUCCUUAUGUGGCUGUAGUGGAACUUAAAUGAACAUGCUCAAAGUCACUUAAAAUUAUAAUGAAACUGAAUCAGAAUAUUUGUUGUAAUGGUAUCUUUGCUGUGAUCGAAAAUGGUUUUAGGUGUGGAAAAUAUGGUCACAUUGUUUUCCCAACCAUCAUGAAACUCAGAUCAUUUGUUCUGAUGAUUCCUUGGUUGAGUUUGAAAAGGGUCCCAGUCUGAAAAGCAUGGCUGACAGGGGUGGUGGCAAUAUUCCUCAUAUAGUGUGACCAUGUAAACACUCUAGGAGUCACGUUUAUUUUCACCAAUAUUGAAGAAACUUGCUCUGCACAUUUUCUCAAAAAAUAUCUCAGGUGAGUGACCUAGGGUCAUUGGCAUUAUUGUUUUAGAUUGUUGGUACUUUGUGUUUCAGCUGAUUUUGUCUAUAUUUAAUAGACUGAAGGAUAUUUGUAUUAAUAUUAAAAUCUUAACUAGCCACACAGCUGUAAAUACAACCUAGUAGUUUAAAUAAUAAUAAUACUUUUUCAUGAAAUAAGUCAUGCUGGUUUGUUUAUUUAUUGAGAUGUUUACCAAAAAUGGAAUUUAAGUUAUAUUUUUUAAUGUUGAUUUUGUUUAGUAUAAUUUGUUUUACAUCAAUUGCAUUUGCAGUACUGACAUCAUAUAUGUAAGAUUGUAAAUUGACACGUUUAAUAGUAUACAUGUAGAUAGUGUCAUAGGUGUUUUUGAAACAAAAAUGUGUUAAUACCCAUAGUUAUACAUGCAUGUGUCUCUUUUGGUUUAUAGCUCUUCUUUGAUAAAAUAUUGUACAGCAUUCACAUAUUUCAUGUCCAUUCCACUGGUAGUUAUGAUUAUUAAAUGGCACUUGUUAAUAUUCGAUUGUUUGUUGGGAUAUUAUUUACAAUAAUCAUUUGUACACCAUAUACAACUGUUUCACAUAGCUACACUGUCCGCAUAUUGCAUAAGACCCGUUUUUGCAUGAUGCAGGUCACAUGACAUUCAUUUCACAAUUAGUUUAUCAUUUAAUCUCUUUACAACUAUGAAAGGUAUUAAAUCUAUUUUUAUUCAACAUUUUGGAAGGUGAACAUCCUUAUUCAGAGAAAUACAGCUGGUAUUUGUUUGCUUUUAAGAAUAUGAUAUAUUUAUAUUGUUAUAGUUUUAUUGUAGAAAGAGACAUACAUAUUUACCUCUUUAAGUAGUAAUACAUGAUCACAUUUAAGAUUUAUAUAAAGUUCUUUCUUCAUACAUUACUAUCAUCCAAAAUUAUUGUUUUUUGUUAUAAUCAACAUGAUGGGUAGCAUGUUAUUGAAUUCAGUUUCUUUAUGUUUUAUAAAUAUUGUUAACUGAAUCGCUGCCAUUGUUAAAGUGCCUUUUGUGGUCUUGAUUUCUGUUUUUUUCCUAUGUUGGGGUUAAUAACAUGACACACAGUGUUUGGAAACAACACAUAGCUGUUCCAUCGUUGACAGAUAAUUCAUUUAUCUGUUUUACUAAAAUACUGCUUUUUGCAUGAAAAACAAGCUGUUGGGUAUUACAAUAACAUUGAUUGCCUGUAAAUUUAUUAUUGUUAAACUAUAAUUUACAUAGAUCAAACUUUAGCACAUCAUAUAGUAUCUAAUGGAAAUUCACAAUACUACAAUCCUUUGUUACUAUUGUUGUGUUUUGUGAAGGAUAAUAGCCAUAGCAUUAUACAGGCUGCAUUCAAUAGUAAUAAUUUCUAUAUCAACAAGAAACUAUGCUAAUAGAUUUUUAUUUAAAUAGUUCUUGUAAGUUGUGUAUCCAUGUCUUGUCACAUAAUCAACGAUUAACAUACUAGUAGUAUUCUCCUAUGUAUCAUUUAUUGUAAUUAGGUUCUUAAUUUUAUAUGUCAAUGUGUUUCACUGUUUAUUUCAGUCUUAAAUAAAACCAUGUUGUGUUUUAUACAAAUAGAUGAAUGGUAAAUAAUUUAGAAUAAAAAAUGUAUAGCAGUAUAUGAAUACAGCAGUUUUAGAUGUAUAAUAUGUCCUUUGUUUCCCUAAUGUCCUUGUGUAUGAAAUAAAUUAAGUGUUAUUGUGUUCAUUUAUAGAUGUGCUAAUUUCUUGAAAAAUGUGUAUAAUGUAAAGCAUGAUGAAUGUUCAAUACAUGUAUUUAUAUAAAUCUACUUACUGGUAUUUCAAAUCAAAAUAAAAGCCUCUCAACUGUC